AUGGCCAAAGAUAUGAAAAACUUGUGUUGCCCCUUUCUUCUUCUCACCAUCAUCAUCAUCAGUUCCGUCUUCUUGGCAGCCGACGGCCGCCUCCUCUCUGAAGAUUCCGCUCAAAACCCCGAUUCAGAUCAUUCCGGUUCGACCCUUCAAGAUGGAAACCUACACGUGAUGAAUGCUAACCCGAGCUCAGGAGAAGAAAACCACGACGCGGGCCGUUCGGGGCCCACCACUGCAGAAGGAUUUCUAACCAUGAUGCAUUAUAUUCUGAACCCUAAAGAAGAAAAUCUAGACACGGGCAGUUCUGGUUCGAGCCCAGUAGAAGAAGACCAUAGCAUGAUCAAUUCUGGUCCGAGCCCUGCAGAGAGAAUCCCAGACAUGAAGAAUUCGAAGCUGAAACCCGGAGUGGGACACUUGGACACGACGAGUUUUGCUCAGAGUUCAGGAAAAGAAAACCAAGACGUGAUCAGUCCUGGUCCGAGCAAAGGAGAAGGAAACCAUGACGUGGUUAGUCCUGGUCCGAGCCCUACAGAGGGACUCCUAGACAUGAUGAAUUCUAAGUUGAAACCUGUAGUGGGACACUUAGACAUGACGAGUUUUGCUAAGAGUCCUGGAAAAGAAAACCAAGGCGUGAUUAGUCCUGGUCCGAGUACAGGAGAAGAAAACCGGGGCGUGGUUAGUUCUGCUCCGAGCCCUACAGAGGGACUCCUAGACAUGAUGAAUUCUAAGCUGGCACCCAUGGUGGGACACUUAGACACGACAAGUUUUACUAAGAGCACAAAAAAAGAAAACCAAGACAUGAUCAGUCUUGGUCCGAGCAGAGGAGAAGGAUACCUAAACAUGAUCAGUUCUGGUCCGAGCCCAGCAGAAGGAGACCAUAACAUGAUCAAUUCUGCUCCGAGCCCAGCACAAGGACUUCUAGACAUUAUGAAUUCUAAGUUGAAACCCGUAGUGGGACACUUAGACACGACGAGUUUUGCUAUGAGCCCAGGAAAACAAAAUCAAGACGUGAUCAGUUCUGGUCCGAGCAGGGGAGAAGGAUACCUGAACAUGAUAAGUUCUGGUCCGAGCCCAGCAGAAGGAGAUCAUAACAUGAUCAAUUCUGCUCCGAGCCCAGCACAAGGACUUCUAGACAUUAUGAGUUCUAAGUUGAAACCCGUUGUGGGACACUUAGACACGACGAGUUUUGCUAUGAGUCCAGGAAAACAAAAUCAAGACGUGACCAGUUCUGGUCCGAGCAAGGGAGAAGGAUACCUGAACAUGAUCAGUUCUGGUCCGAGCCCAGCAGAAGGAGAUCAUAACAUGAUCAAUUCUGCUCCGAGUCCAGCACAAGGACUCAUAGACAUUAUGAAUUCUAAGUUGAGACCCGUAGUGGGACACUUAGAAACGACAAGUUUUGCUCCGAGCCUAGGAAAAGAAAACAAAGACGGGGUCAGUUAUGGUUCGAACCCUGGGAAAGAAGACGAUGACAUGGUCAGUUCUAGUCCAACCUCUGGAGAAGGCCUCUUGAACACGAUGAGUUCUACUAUCAAACCUAAAGAGGAAAGUACGAUGAGGUUUGGUCCGAGUCCAGGAGAAGGAAACGAUGACAUCAUUCUUCAUGGUUCGAAUCCUGGAGAGGGACCUCAAGACAAUAUGAAAUCUAAUUUGAUCUCUGAAGUCGGACACCUAGACACGACGAAUUCUGCUCCUAGCACAGAAAAAGAAAACCACGAAGCGACCAGUUCUAGUCCAAACAAUGGAGCACACCUAGAGGUGAUAGAUUCUACUCUAAGACCUAGAGACGGAAAUCUAGACGUGAUGAAAUCUCCGCUACUAGAAGAAAAAAAAGAUGUGAUCAGUUCUAGUUCGAGCCCAACAGAGGAGAACGUGAUUAGUUCUGAUCCGAGUCCUGGAACCAACGAUGUGUUCGAUUCUGGUCCGAGCCCCGGAGAAGGACACUAA